UCCUCCUCCCGCGGGAAGCUCGGGGUGGCCGCCAGAGCAGCGGAGCCCAGGCUCCUCCCCUCCCCGCCCCCUGCCCGGGAGCGGCCUGCCUUCCUCUCCGCCCGCCGAGAUGGCGCUCGACCCCGCAGAACAGCAUCUCAGACAUGUUGAAAAAGAUGUUUUGAUCCCUAAAAUUAUGAGAGAAAAGGCCCGUGAAAGAUGUUCUGAACAAGUUCAAGAUUUUACCAAAUGUUGCAAGGACUCGGGAGUCCUUAUGGUAGUAAAAUGCCGGAAAGAAAAUUCUGCAUUGAAAGAAUGUCUAACUGCUCACUAUAAUGAUCCAACCUUUUAUGAAGAAUGCAAAAUGGAAUACCUGAAGGAAAGGGAAGAAUUUAGAAAAACUGGAAUUCCUACCAAGAAAAGGCUACAGAAGCUUCCCACAAGCAUGUAGACAAAUAUUCAGGUGAUACUCAAGAACUCUAAUAUUCAUGGAAAUCACAAUCACCUGAAAUAAGACUCCAGGAAAUGUGUUUGCAUUAUCCUAAAUUAUGGAAAUAUUAAUUUUAUCUGAAAUAAAGAUUUUUAAAAAAAUUUCAAGUUGUUCA